UCUGCAUUGGCGGUGGCUCUAAUUUUCAAAGUUCAAUUUGCUAGGUUAUGGUACUUUUUAAAUCAAGUUUAAUAAAAAUAUCUUUAAAAUGUCUGAAUCUUUGUCUGUAAAACGUUUCUUUCAGUCUCACCACAUAACAUUAUCGGACUAUUGGCUAGAAAGUUGUAUUCAGUGGUACCAAGAAGAGAAUCCAAAUGUGAAUUAUUCAAUAGAAACCUUAAAUUCCGCUGUAUAUGAGCAGUGGUUAUUAUUAGAUUUAAGAGAUGUGGAAGUACCGAUUUUACCUCCCAACUUGGCACAGCAGAAGAAGAUAUCAUUAAACAAUGUCUACUGUUUGCAAUUACUGUACGUCCAAGACAUUUCACAACCAAAACUAUCACAACUGCAAAAAAUUCGUACUCCAAACGUGCUAGUCGAUUCGUCCAUUACAGAUCAAGAGCCAAAGUUUUACACUGGUAGUAAACGAAUGCUUCAGAUGGUAUUGACGGACGGUGUUCAACAAAUAGAGGCCAUUGAAUAUAAGCCAAUACCUUUACUAAAAGCUAACAUAAAACCAGGAUCAAAAAUUAAAAUUACAGGUCCUGUACAGGUACGUCGAGGACAGAUAAUGUUAGAGUCAAAGCAUUUACAAUUACUAGGGGGUGAAGUUGAGGAAAUAUUGAUCCCGAAUGCCUAUGAAAAUGUGUUGGCGCGAGCUUUGCGACUUCCCGAAAACCCACAUCCCACUAACGUCGAGGAGAGUUCCGUUCCUGUAACUGAGGGCAGAACAAAUCGAAAUGUUCAAAAUUCCAUUCCCCAACAAUUAAGAAAUAUGAGGGAAGUAGCGACUAAUGUACCUAUUGUGAACACCAUUGCUCCAUCAAUAGAUCUUGAAGAUACACUAAUAACAGACGAAGUAGAUAUGCUUUUGGAAGCAGAAAGGGAUGUGGCGAAAGAUUAUGUGGCAGUGGAGAAUCAGUCAUAUCGUAAUAAAGGCCUGGAAAUCUGUAAUCGGGUAGAUUUGCAAACCACAAGAAAGGAUAUUGAAUGUGUAGACUUAACUAAAGAAUUCAUACCAACUGUAAAUGAUAGCUUAUUUGCUGAUAUUGAUGCUCAUUUAGACUUUAUAGACAAGCAACAAGGCAAUGUGUCAUCCAACUCUUCACAUAAAGUAGUUUCUAUUGCAUAUUUGCUAAAAAGUAAUGCAAAGGAAGGAGAAUUUGUCAUUCGAGCACAGUAUAAGAGAGUUCUUCAAAAACUAUCAGUUUGUGAUGAUGGGUGGACGUUAGUGUUACUUAUUGGAGAUGAAACGGAUGAAUUGGAAGCCAAAGUACACACAAAUGUAGUAUCAAAUUUGGUAGGAUAUCACCAUUCCGCUGUUAUGGCCAUUCGCAAAAAUGUCAUAAACAAGGACAAAAAGGCUACAAGUGCUUUAAUGACUAGUAUAGAGGGGCUGAAGACCAAAUUGAUGAAUAUUGAUGGAGAAAUUGUUCUAAUGUAUAAUUCUGAAGAAAGAUUCCCUGUAAUUACGCAAAUCUUGUAAUAUUGUAUAAUUGUAAUAUACUUUAUUUUCAAAUCA